AUGAAGCUCAUCCCAGAAUUUGAGAAAUACUUGCUGCUAGUAUUUAAUUUCACAAUUUCGGCAUGUGCCAUCACAUUAAUCGCUUUCGGCGUUCACUACUACAUAGACGAAAACUACGCCGUCUCAGACAUGAGUAGUGUCUUUUCCCUCGGAAUUUUUACGAUAUGCGUCGGAGUGAUUAUUGUCUUUAGCGCCAUCUUCGGCUGCUACAGUGCUCUUGAGCCAAAUAUGUAUCGACUGGCAAUUUAUAGCGUGAUCCUCAUUAUCAUUUUCGUCCUGCAACUAACACUCGGAGUCGUGGGGGUCGUCAAGAUUAUAGAUGAAAACGACUUCUUGGUUUCAGUGAGAGACAUUCUAAUAGACUUGUUUAGAAACGAUAACAGAGAAGACAUAAAAUCGUUCCGUACUAUUCAAAGCAAAUUUGAAUGUUGUGGAGUUAAUAAUUAUACAGAUUAUGACGUACCACCGUAUCCUUCCAGUUGCUGCGGAAGAACGAACUGCUACCUACCGUACAAAAUUGGAUGUGCAGAAGCUUUGAAAGACGCCCUGAGCAAAUAUAUCCAAAUCAUAGCUUACGUAGCGAUCAGUUUUGCAAUCGUUGAGGGUAUUGGUGUCUUCUUUGUUUGUUUAAAGACCCUGAAGAUGUGGCGUAACCAAAAAGAUAACUCUGUCGCCAAAAAUCUGCAAAGCUAA